AACGCAACUGCAGCCCCCCUCAUCGCGUUCAAACCCACGGACCGCUUCGCUCAUCGGCGCGCAGAAUUCUCUCGUCGAAGGCAAGCGCUCAUAUCCCGUAUGUCCUAUUUGCGACCUCUCUAUACGUGCGACUUGGCAACCAACACCGGUCAAUCUCCAUCCAUUCCAGCUCCUGCGAGAGGGCCCUCCCGCGCUCACUCGGUGACGUCUCUGAACAGCCUGCAGAUCUUCGCCUGACCCUUCCAAGAGUCCAGACAUGUCCUCCACGGCCCUGCAGCGCAGUACCAAUGUGUUUCUUCCUCGACAGCAACCCAGCGAGUCGGCGCAACCGGCCGCUGCCGCUACCAGCACAACCUCUCGUCCUGGCCACGCCAACGAUCUGGCCAUCGCGGUGCCCGCUGCUGCAGGAAGCAUCAUCGUCUUGAUGCUUCUCUCCUGGGCGGUAGUCGUGCUGACCAAGAGACGGCGCAGACGCGAAUUGUCGAUUAGCGCAGCAGGGGCGAACGAAGCCCAGGAUGCGGCCGACCAUGCUUCUCAGCGUCGACCGACUACGGCCGCGGGCGGCACAGCCUCGCGAGCAGAAGGUGGAUCUGUAAGAAUGUUGCUCUUUCACCUUUUUGGAGGCAGCGAUCCUCGAGCGCAGGCUUCCCGAAAUACUGCCCAAGCGUCUGCGGAGACACCUGAGGAGCGAACGAGGCGCCGAGAUGAGAGGCGAGCUAUGCGCCUGAGGAGAACAGACUCUGGGCAUAGCGUCAAGACCAUACCCGUCUAUCAAGAAGAGGUCGGCGAGGGCGAGCUGGUACUGUACAAAGCGGAAGGCUCGGGAUCUCAACUGAACCUUACACCCAUGCCGACUAGGGGAUCAGCCUCCGAUGCGUGGGACAGGGGACACGAGCGCGCAGCAUCGCUUCCGCUCCUGGGUGGACAGACCUCGGCUCCUCAUUCAAGGACGAACAGCCGGCGAAGCGUCAUCGGAGAUGUCCGCGCAAGCUUGCGGCGCAGCCUGGUCGGAAGUCCCAGGCGCGACUCUGUACGCGCCCGUCAGGCCAGCUCUGGUGACGCUGAAGCGACCACAGAUUCGAAUGAGAUGGAGUCGCUCAACCCCGUCGCAGCAUCCACUUCGAUGGACACCCUGGACGAGACCCUACCCCUGGAGCGUAGUCUGGAUGAAGAGGAAGAGGAGCGUGAGCGAUCUGACACUGCAGAAGUACCUCUGGAUGACACACCAGAUUACACCUCGCUGUACCCUAGCGUUCACGCUGUUGCCGAAAGUCGACAGUCGCCAGUGCCAGUUACGGAGUCUGCUGCACCGCGGAGAAGCGGACUACGGUCAAUCUUCGAUCCAAGGCGUCUGACAUUCCACGUCACCUCUCCUGCCGGGCGCAGUCGUGGCGCGGAGGGUGUCCCAGAAGCGGAUCUUGGCGUUGCUCCGUCGCAAAGAGCAGUUCUGCCCAUGCAUCAUCGCAGGAUGGCAUCUCAUGCCAGCGUCUUCUCGACGCUGACCGGUUUCACAGAUGGCAGAUCGCUGUCCCUGCAUCCCACUCAAAGCAGGAGCAGUGUAGCACCUGGCUCCGCCUCGCCUUCCGGGCACCAUCGACAUGGCUCCACUCCAUCGUCAUAUCAAUCCGCAUUCAGGAAUGAUGACGGGCGACUAUCAUUCAGCCAUAGCGUGGUCAGCCUCGCGCAGCCCUCGCUGUCUGACUUGUCUGGUACAGCAGUCCCAAGAGUGCGAGGUCAAGCGAUAUCCGGGCCUGUGGAGGGAAGCGUCAUCCGCACUUCGUUCCUCAACUUUGGUACCCCUACAGGACCCGAUGGGCACAGAGCUCGACCCACCCCAGAACAGCUGAGGUUCCUUAGCUCUGUCGAAAGUCUGGGACGCUAUGGUGUGCCUUUGAGCGGUCCCAGUGGAGGUGAAACGGAGGCGCCUCCGCCAGCCUGGGAGUCGCUUGGUCUGCGUGCCGAUGAUGCCACGUCAUCCGCAAGCGCUGCGCCAAACGUCGACGACUCCGCAGCCUUGCAGCCCUGCGCUCGUGCCCCACCGCCUCUGCUCUUGUCUUCUGAGAUUGCUGUGCGCGAAGAGCAAGAACAGCGACGCGAGGGAGGCUAUGCGAUCAGUCCCAUUGGGCCCGAGCCUGCUUCGGCAGCACCAGCAGAAGGUGCUGCGCAGUCCGCUGAUGCACAAGUGGAUCAACAGCCGUCUGGACCUACCGAAGAUGAGAAUCCAGCGAGCAUGCCUUCGUAGAACCACUCGCCCUUUGAAUGAUCAAGACUGCACUCACAAGGACGAUGUCGAGCUUGCCCUGGAAACCCAAAGUCACGUCGACAGCUAAUCGAUGUCA